UUGACUUUGGCGCGUUCUUCAAAACAGACCGCGGGAGAAGCUGAGAGGAUUUGCCGCGGUUAUUUUGCUCCAGUGUUUUCACGUAAAUUCAAAAACAGAUUUGGUACUAGUCUACCCGGUGACUUGAAGAUGUUAUCCCGAAAGAGAAAACAUGGCUCUCCUGAUGCCGAGAGUAAUCCAUCGAAGAAACAAAUAACAAGCCUGAGAAAUUCUCCAAGAAGGACCACUCGACAAAAAGAAAACAUUCCCAUUUCGCUGAAUUCCCCCCAAAAGAUUCCCAGCACACCUAAAAAGACACAGAGGGCCUUUUCGCUUGAAUCUCCUCCAAAGCGAGUCUCGCCACGGAAAGCAGUGCUGGGAGCAGGAACCUUCUACAGCAAACAGAAACCCCUGUAUCUCACACCUCUGGAGAGAAAAGUGCUGAAAGAAGCCAAAUCUCCACCAUCAGCCGCCAACAAAGAGCCGUCACGCCCUCCUUUGACCACUGCAAAUGCUGUUGUAAAACCAGCCAAGAAAGUUCAGAAGAAACCCAGAGCUUCUGCUCCACAGUCCAACCUGAAAGGCUACUUCACGGCUAAACCCAAAGUGAAACAAAGUCCAUCAGAUAAACAAACGGAUCAAGCGCUGAAAUCCACAUUAGCUCCCAUUUCAUUCAGCAGUAUGAAGUCUAAAGGUAAACCCAAACUUGUUGUCGGCGCUGCUUUCUUCACCACUGGAAAAAAGCCCUCUUCAAUGUAUAAGAAGUCUGCACAGAACACAAAGCCUAAACCAACAUACAAAAAACCCAGCAUUCAGAAACCUGUGAGGGAGAAGGAAGUGGUGAUGGCACCGGGACAGCGUUCUCCAGUUCGCCGUGCUGUUUUCUUAAAAAAACAGCCUGAAGUGGAAGUUCCUCAUGAUGAAAGAGAGUCGACACAAGCGCCAAUGUCUCCUCAGGUUCUGGCAGAUGUGCAUGGCAUCACUAAAGAGCUGAGGGUGGUUUUGAGGAGGUCUGUGAGCCCUGAGACUGGCUGCCAGGACGCACCUUCUGAAGCUGAUUCGGUGUUUGAUGUGAGUGAUUUACUGCUUCCGGAUCACGAUAGCUCUCAUGAUGAAGAAGAAGAAUCAUCUGUGUAUCCCAUCUUUGGCACUAAAAGAUCUCAGAAAAAAGGGAAGUUGUCUCCGCCGCUGAACAGCAGCACUCCUUCAGCUCUGACAGCAACUCCUGCUCUCAAAGCCAAUCAGAGGAGCAUGUUGAGGAGAGAGAUGAAGAAGCAAACCGACAACCAGCUCAUCAUUGAUGCUGGUCAGAAGCAGUUUGGAGCCACUACUUGCGCAUCCUGUGGGAUGCUGUACAGCACAGACAGUCCAGAGGACAACUUUCAACACACACAGUUCCAUCAGCGCUUUCUGGACACCAUUAAGUUUGUGGGCUGGAAAAAAGAGAGGGUCGUGGCAGAAUUCUGGGAUGGAAAGAUCAUUCUCGUUCUUCCAGAUGAUCCCAAGUACGCCACGAGAAAGGCAGAGGACGUGAGGCGGAUUGCAGACAGUGAGCUGGGCUUUCAGCAGAUCACCCUCAGCAGCCCGAGCUCUGCUAAAACAUACCUCUUCAUCAACGCUGACAGGAUAGUUGUGGGAUGUCUGGUGGCUGAGAAUAUUAGACAGGCCUAUCGUGUGCUGGAGCAGCCUGAGAAACACAAAGACAUGAGCAAGGAGGACUUCAUGGAGCACCACAGGACCUGGUGCUGCUCUACUGUCCCGGAGAAAGCCCUCUGUGGCGUCAGUCGCAUCUGGGUCUUCAGUCUGAUGAGGAGGAAGAGUGUUGCCACACGCCUUCUGGACACGGCCAGGAAUACGUUCAUGUAUGGAAGUCACCUGACCAAAGAGGAAAUAGCCUUUUCUGACCCGACGCCACAAGGGAAGCUGUUUGCUACAAAGUACUGCCAAACACCAACAUUUCUGGUGUACAACUUCAUCAGCUAAAGAAAAGCAUCCAGUCUUAGUUUGUUUGACUGCAUUUAUUAAUGCAUGUGAGAGUUUUUAAAUAGAGAAAGCAAUGUUAGGUGUUUAAGUUCAGUUUAAUCAAUGUUCAGAGAAAAUCCGUUUUUACUGUGGAGUGUUACUUGAGACUGAUGUUUUACCUUGAGUUCAUGUUUCAGGCAGAAUUUUACUUCAGCACAAUUAUUGAACCAGUUCAUUAUAAACUAGCAGGUCCUCAAGGUUUCUGUUUGGGAAAACUAGGCUGCUGUGAUUAAUUACAUUUGUAAAGUGAACACUUUCCGUUAAACUGCUUAUUGACUGUGUAUAUAUUUUAAAAAUAAAUGUUCUUACUCAC